UGUGAUCUGGCACUAGCAGAAGGGUAUGAGUUUGCCUGGGCAGAUACCUGUUGCAUUGACAAGAGUAGUUCUGCCGAAUUGUCGGAAGCUCUCAACUCGAUGUACAACUGGUACGGACACGCAGUCGUUUGCUACGCCUAUCUUCCGGAUGUAUCCAAUCCCAGUCGUCCUCCCUCCCAAGAGUGGGAGCUCGAGUUCCGAACAAGUAGGUGGUUCACCCGUGGGUGGACUCUACAAGAGCUCCUUGCUCCCGGAAUAGUUAUCUUCCUCUCCAGCACAUGGGAGUGUCUAGGGUCGAAGCGCACUCUUUCAUCCCUCGUCACAUCCAUCACUGGGAUUCCACACACCGUCCUCACCAUGGAACGCGCCCUCAACCAGGUCAGCAUGGCAGAGCGGCUGCGAUGGGCUUCGUCUCGUAUCACAAGCAGGAAAGAAGAUGAGGCCUACUGCCUUAUGGGGAUCUUCGGGGUCCAUAUAUCAAUCACAUACGGAGAAGGCUCUUCUGCCUUCAUGCGGCUGCAGGAGAAGAUUCUCAAACACAUCCCCGAUCAGACGCUCCUUGUUUGG